UGUCUUCUUUUCCUACCUCGCCGCUCUUCAACCAAAUAACCCCUAACUUUUCUUGGCAAAUCUUUUUCUUUCAAUGUCAGAAGAAUUUCAAGAAUCCGAAAUUAUAUUUUCUGAUGAAGAUUUCAUGAGUAACAACGUCAAGAAUAGCAAAAUAGAAGACACUAAGCUGAAGUCGACGGAUAAAAAGUCAUCUCCGGUGAGAAUACCGUCGAGAACUAUUUUCGUUGAGGAUGAGGAGGAGGAGGAGGAGAGUAUGACUCCGCCACAUGUCAUAAUCGGAAAGAGAAGAACGGAGGCGCAAAUGGCGUUUUCCUUUUGUACCCUUAAAGGAAGAGACUUAAGUCGUCACCGGAACUCCGUUCUUAGGAUGACCGGUUUUUUGGAAGUUUAAUUUUUCCCAAAAAUAAAAUGAGAACCGGUCUUGUUUAGGUUGAUUUUGCUUGAUUCGGUGUAUUUAUAUAUUUGUAUAAAUCAGCUUUGAAAAUCAACCAAAUGUAUCACGAUUUCUAUCUUUUUUUUCUUCUUUAAUUUGGUGAAAGAAACGUUUAUUAAUUAGUAUGAGGAAAAUUU